UAACCUCCUCUACGCUAAACCUUGGGUGGGUGAGGGGUCCCUCUGUGCUUUCGCUGAACUCCUCGACUACCCCUGACGCCUGGAUAUAUUGGAGUUUGCACAAGGAGACUUGCAAAAAAGCAAAUAAAUAAUGAAAUAAAUAACCAAGGCGGAAUUUGAAGCGUUACAUUUUUAAACAGUGCAUUGAUAUACCGAAAGAGAAGGUUCGUGGUGACCGGGUUUAUGAAGAUGAAGAUGCCUCAGGUUCAGGCAGACGCAUGACAGGGGGGAACUUCCUGACAAAUGGAGAAUUACUUCCAAACAGAAGCCUUUAACCUUGACAAGGUGCUGGAUGAGUUUGAACAGCAUGGAGAUGGGACGGACACCCCCACUUUAUCAGAUGCAAAGUGGACUCAGAUAUUAGCUCCGCCGUCUCAUCUGCUCUCUCUCAAUCCAGCCCUGGCGAACCUGGGUGAGAGCGAGGGCCUGCAUACCAGAGAUCCCCAGCUGAGGUUCAAAUCCCUUUCUGACACCCCAGCUAUCGACAAGGUGGGAGGGGGAGGAGGAGGAGGAGGAGGGGAUAACUGCUCAAACGGCAGUGACAGAAAAAAAAACCCAGAUGCUACCCAUUGGAUCAACGAACAGCAUGUAGCCGACAGUCAAACGCUCAACAAAGAUAUGGACUUUGAGGUGUGUCCAAAUCCUCAACAGGAGAACAGUGUGGAACAUGACAGCAGGACAAUGUUAAAUGUGGAUACUGGGAGCUGCCCAUCACGGUUUAACAAGGGAAUCUCGGCUCAUGAGAAUGGUUGUCCAGAAAUUGCUGAUGUCAAUGAUUGUGCAGAACACACAAGGGGCAGUUGUAAUCUGGCACACUUUGAGGCCACUUCAGAUAAUCGCAUGGGAAUUACAGAUUUCAAUUGUUUAGAUGCCUGCAAGAAUGAGGUUUUGGGUCAAUGCAAAGGUAACCCUUCAGAACUCGCUAAUGAUUGUCCCAUUGCUGCAGAAGUAGAAAAAGAGAGUAGUGGUUUGUCUACAGCAGAUGAAUGUACUGUCACUGCUGAACUCGAGAGGAUUGGCUUCCAGCCACCACAGUAUGAGACGCUCCAAAAAGAUGGCAUGAUCAUUGGGUCACCAAAGGGAGUUGGGGACGCUAAUGAGCCCCACAGGCAUCAGAUCCCUGGGUGUAGAUUGAGCAAUUUUGUAGCAACUGGAUCAGCCGAAUUUAUGGCGCUUGCAGGAGAGAAUAUUUUAGAGUCGUGCAAUAGUGGUUAUGCCAAAGCGCAUUCAGAAGGGAUGGUUAAUGGGGGGUUUACUGGAUUUGGUGAAUUUGGGGAAACCCAGGCACCAGAUAAAAAUGAGUGUGAUGUGUCCUCUAUCGGGGAAUUGAGCCACAACGGAGAGAAUGACAACAUAGCUGUUUGUCUUGCUGUAGAAGGAGAAAGGAAAUCUGAAUCUGUGGUUUGUGCAGAGCCCCCCUCCUGCUUUCUUCUGAACGGUUUGGACUUGGAUGAGCUGCAGAGGAUCAUAGAUGAGGAACCUGCCUCCCAGCCUCCUCUCUCCAAAGAAGACUCUGUGACAGAGGAGAAGGAGAUGGAGGAGAGCAAAUCAGAAAGCUACGAGCAGAUAAGGGGUCUUGAGGUGGGUGUGGCAAAUAGCGGAAUAACUCCAGGACCUCCCACCACUUCCAAGAAGCUGAACAACAGCAGCCUGCAGCCUGUGAGCAUCCCCGUUGGUGGUGCCCGGCCGAAGCAGCCAGUCAACCUCAAACUGCAGAUCCCCCGGCCACUCUCCGUCCAGGUGCAGAAUGAACUCGGGCAGCCUGACAAGAACAAGAAUGUGGAGCCGCAGUGUCAGACAAACACCGGAGAGCUCCUGUCUGGAGGAGAGGGCUUUGGAGGUGAGACAAUCUUAGCAGGUCCAAAUGGGGAGCGCACUGGAGCCUUGAACACAGGGUCCUCUCCUACCCCACCUGGCAUGCUGCUGCCCCCUGAUAGUCCUGAUAACGACCUCCAAGCAGAACACUUCGGGGUGCUGUCCAAAAAGCCCUUCUCUGCUCUAGGGGAGGUUGCCCCAGUUUGGGUCCCUGAUUCGCAGGCACCCAUCUGUAUGAAGUGCGAGGCCAAGUUUACCUUCACCAAGAGGAGGCAUCAUUGCCGGGCCUGCGGGAAGGUAUUCUGUGCAGCGUGUUGCAGCCUGAAGUGCAGGCUGGGGUACAUGGAUCGAAAGGAAGCCCGGGUCUGUGUCACUUGUCACUCGGUGCUAAUGAAUGCUCAAGCAUGGCAGGACAUGGUAAGCGCCUGCAACCAGAGUCCGAACCCCAACAACCCUGCCGAGUACUGCUCCACCAUCCCCCCCCUGCAGCAGGCACAGGCCUCUGGGGCUCUCGGCUCGCCCCCGCCCACUGUCCUGGUACCAGUGGGAGUCCUGAAGCACCCUGGCACUGAAGGCACGCUCCCCCGGGACCAGAGGCGGGUCUGGUUUGCUGACGGGAUCCUGCCAAAUGGAGAAGCAGCUGACUCUGCAAAGCUGGAAGUCAGUGGGCCAGCCCCUUCAGGACCCCUGGCUGUGUCACAUGAUCCCUCCAAACAGCUGGCAGCCAAUCCUGCAGCUGCUUCUUUUGAGGCUGCUUCUGACCUUUCUGUCCAGGGGAGUGCUGCUUCAGUUGGCAGCCCCAUAGGGAGCUCCAUGAACCUGAUUCCCAAAGACGGGCUCCCUCCCAUACUCAUCUCCACCGGCAUCAAAGGAGGUACGGGGAGCCAGCUCCCAGACUUUGCAGUAGAGGAACAGCCCUCUGAAAUCUCUGUGAUGCAGCAGUUGGAAGAAGGCGGCCCUGAUCCCCUGGUCUUUGCUCUCAACGCCAACCUGCUGGCCAUGGUUAAGCUGGUCAACUAUGUGAACCGGAAGUGCUGGUGCUUGACGACGAAGGGGAUGCAUGCGCUGGGGCAGGCAGAGGUAGGAAUCCUGCUGCAGUGCCUUCCAGACGAGAAGACCAUCCCCAAGGAUGUCUUCAGCCACUUCGUCCAGCUCUACCAGGAUGCACUGGCAGGUAGCGUGGUGGGUCACCUAGGCCACUCAUUCUUCACACAGAGUUUCCUUGGCAGCAAGGAGCACGGCGGGUUCCUCUACGUCACCCCUUCCUUCCAGUCACUGCAGGACCUGCUGCUGCCGAACCCCCCCUACCUCUUUGGGAUCCUCAUCCAGAAGUGGGAGACCCCCUGGGCUAAGGUCUUCCCCAUUCGCCUCAUGCUGCGUCUGGGAGCAGAGUACAGAUUCUAUCCCUGCCCGCUGUUCAGUGUGCGAUUCAGGAAGCCUCUGUUUGGGGAAACUGGCCACACCAUUAUGAACUUACUAGCGGAUUUCCGAAACUACCAGUACACGUUGCCAGUGGUGAAUGGAUUGGUAGUCGAUAUGGAAGUGAGAAAGACCUGCAUCAAGAUUCCCAGCAACAGGUACAAUGAGCUGAUGAAGGCGAUGAACAAGUCAAAUGAGCAUGUGCUGGCGAUGGGGGCCUGUUUUAACGAGCGGGCAGACUCCCACCUGGUCUGUGUUCAGAAUGACGAUGGGAACUAUCAGACUCAGGCAAUCAGCAUCCACCACCAGCCACGGAAAGUUACAGGAGCUAGCUUUUUUGUGUUCAGCGGUGCUCUGAAAUCAUCUUCUGGGUACCUGGCCAAGUCCAGCAUUGUAGAAGACGGAGUGAUGGUGCAGAUCACAGCAGAGACGAUGGAGGCUCUUCGGCUGGCGCUGCGGGAGAUGAAGGACUUCACGAUCCCCUGUGGGAAAGCAGACCAGGAGGAGCCCCAGGAACACGUGCAGGUGCAGUGGGUGGAGGAUGACCGGAACUUCAACAAGGGGGUCAUCAGCCCCAUUGAUGGGAAAUCCAUGGAGUCCAUCACUAGUGUGAAGAUAUUCCAUGGCUCCGAGUACAAAGCCAAUGGAAAGGUCAUCCGAUGGACAGAGGUGUUUUUCCUCCAAAGCGAUGACCAGCCGAACAGCCCGAGUGACCCUGCUGACCACAGCCGCCUGACUGAGAGCGUGGCUCGAGCGUUCUGCGUGGCACUCUGUCCUCACCUCAAACUGCUCAAGGAGGAUGGGCUGGCCAAGCUGGGACUGCGUGUGACGCUGGACUCUGACCAGGUGGGGUACCAGGUUGGCAGCAACGGGCAGCCUUUGCUCCCUCAGUACAUGAAUGACCUGGACAGUGCCCUGGUGCCAGUGAUCCAUGGGGGGGCCUGCCAGCUGAGUGAGGGGCCUGUGGUGAUGGAGCUCAUCUUUUACAUCCUUGAGAACAUUUCCUAGAGGAGGGGAAAGGGUCCCAAUGGCACUUCUUCCUCCUGUUACAUUGACUUUGCUCAAUCAUUUGCACUUGAAUUGCCUAAAAGCUGUGCUGGAAAGCGUUCCUCUCGACUCCAGAUAUUCUAUGCACCAUUUCAGACUUCUUUCAGGACCAGGGCAGCUGAGUGUCGACAGACACAGGACAGUCUUCAUCUAGGAUUGUUCUACUGGGAACAGGGCCAGCCCUACUAAGCUAACAGGCUACCAUGUGAAAGUGGUACCCCUCAACGCAAUUAUAUAUAUUCUGAAAUUCUUGUCACUGUGAUGCCCCUGGGUGCUGACUGUGGGGUGGACCCUGGUUUAUUGUGGAGCCUUUGAGGAUCUCAUUAUUGCUGACCUAUGUGGCCCCACAUUUGGUACCCACCAGAGGCUGGCUCUGUUAAUACAUGUUAAUACAUCACCCAGUUUGGAGAUGAGCAGAAGAUCAUGUGAAAGAGUAGUCUUCAUUCACAACAAGGACUUUCCUCUUCCAGAGAAAUUGUGCUCAGAGGUUAGGUAUUAAGUAAAACACAAUUUUGACUAUUCCCAUAGCCAGUAAACUUUUGGCUGGUGUCAUGGCAGAUGUUUAAUUAAAGUACACAGCUAGUUUUACCUUAAUUGAUUGAAGUUGAAAUUAUGGAUGACUGCUGUGGCUGGCAGUGCUUGUCAUUCACAAGUCAGAUGUCUGUUACGCUGUGUACAAUGACGUGGGUACCAGACCCAAGAUAUGACACUGGCCAUGAGUUUAACAUUUGUAGAUGUGCAUCUCUAGCAGUAGUUGCUUUGUGUGCUUUCACAAAAUUCAGGGAAGAGACUUAAGACUGAGACAAAAUGAUGAGUCCCUGUUGUGAAUUUAAAGCACUACCUCAAGAGGAAUGCACUCAACAUCCCAAAGCCUUAUUUAACAACAGAAGGAAAUAUGUGGGUGCAGCUCCCAUGGGUGAAACAAACUGGAUUAUCAUAGAUCUGUUGACACCCUGAGGGGAUAUGGGAUGCAGAAAAGCCCACUGAUCUGGCUUUUGAGCAGGUCUUCUGAAGCUUGGACUGAUUGCUGUCACAUUUUGGUCCUGUUUUCAGGAUUCAUCACAUGGUCAAUUAAUUACUGUAGAUAAAUGUUUAAAUUAUUUGACCACGUUUCUGGUUGCAGCACUUAAGCUCUACAACUUGUGUCUGAAGCCUAUAAAUAAUACAUAAUUAAAAAGGAAGGAAAAAAAAAAACAAUUGUAUGGAUCCUGAGCCAUUUUGAAAAGUAUUACAGGGACCUGGAGGGUGAUUUGUUUUUAAGACCUAGUGUUUUAUGAUGAAGAGGGUUAAGAACAAUUGCUGUAUUGUAUCAGUGGAUUACUGUGCAAAUGAAGACCCCCCCCCCCCCCCCCCUUUUUUUUUUUUUUUUAAAAACAGUAUUCCCGCCCAUUUAACUUGCUCAUCUUAUUGCUCCAGUUCAGUUUUUAAACACAGCUGUUUUGAUAUGUAUCCCCAUGUCCUUGAUCAUUAAUCAACUGGAUAAGUUCCUAAACUAUUUUCUGUCCGUACCCAUUAUCUAUAGAAGUUCUAUGUUGAGUGCAAACCUUUUAGGAGUUUUGAUUUCAGCACACUAUGGAGGCAUGAGUAGCAGGUAGCUCUUUGGGAAACAUUGACUUUUUUGUGUUAGUGUCCCCCCAUCCCCCAACUGAGCUGUCAGUCUUUGACACAGCAGCAUAAAAAAGGCUAUCACCUCAUCCAAAACACUGGCAUUUAAAGGGAAACUAGAACUGUUACAUGUAUUUAAAAGCCAAAAAACAUACACCUGUACAUGUUUUUCUUUAUUGUACACUACAAAUCAAUUUAAGAUCAGUCUUCUUUAUUGAAAACUGUAGUACCUCUAUAAUAAAACUUAUAGAAAAGUGAAGCGUUCAGUUUUCUUUUAUUUAAACCUAUUUUAACCCAGAUCUCUAUUAAAAUGUUGCCUGCCUGGCCCCCUGCAGUAGGGCACUGCCAUGUUUUUACUCUGAAACAGCAGGAUUUCUCCCUUGGGAUAUUUCAUGAAUAAAGUAUGCCUGCCUGAAUCUUGGUUAAGAAGUGGACUCCACAGCCAAGCUCUGCAGUGCAUGUUGUGCAUUAAGGGGGACUAGCAGGGCUACAGAUCUGUUAAAGUUGUUUCAGCUUCCCUGGCCACUAAACGUCUGUUUGGAAAGUGCUGUGCAAGCUUAAACUGAACCAUUAACAUAAUGAGUCAAUUGCUUUGUGACUUUAUAUUCAUGCUAACGAAUAUAUAUUUAAUCAGGGGCUUUUAACACAAAAAUCAAUAGAUUAAAAGAAUGACUUUGUCCUCAGUCAAGGCUACCACCUGUGUAGUGUAACGUGUCGGAGGAGCAGCAGAGGGGCUUAAGAAUAUAUUGUAAAUGCUUUUCACUUCAUAUCAGGUCUUGUAAACCUUUAGAAGCUUCUUAUACAAAUAAACACUGAAUAGAAAAACAUUGGCACAGUGACUGAAAAAUUUACAGUCCUUACAAGCAUUUGGGAAACUACAUUCAAGUGUCCUACCUCUAGACCAAUUCAAUAGAGUAAGCAAGGGCAGGGCACUCCCCUCCCGAGCGUAGUUAAGAUAUACAGACCAUUCGACAGUAAACCACCACAUCAAUUACUAUUACUAUGACACAGUAGAAGAAAACUGAGACUAAUCAAACCCAUAUUAAUAAACCACCAAUCUAUAGUGAGCACUGUAUCAUUAUUUUUUAUUGUAUUGAAGGAAUACUUUUACAUUUAGGUUAUUGCAGUAUAAUCUGACUAAUUUGCCCCCAGUUUUUUAUUUUUUUAUGCUAUUUUAUGUAACGUCACAAAAAAAAAAUGACAAGUGUCUUUAAAUAGAAGGGGCCACCAUGCUUAGGGAUCAUUACAGUAACUCAAAACCAAGGAAUUUUAAAAAUAGCAGGUUUUGAUAUUUAGGCAUGCAUACAGUGGGUGGUAACACCAAGGGCAAAUCAGAAAGUUAUUUUUAGAUGAAUCAAUACUUGAGCAAGACAUGUAUCCAUUAGAUGGCAUGACCUACAAAAGCAAGGAUGUGAGUGUGUCAUGCCACUGGAACACUUAAUUAAAGGGAACUCUGCUCUCUCAUGUUGAUGGAUGUCAGUUUUUUUAAUUGAUAGACACAGAACAAGGAAGGUGUUUAGUGCAUUUAUAAAAAAUAAAAAAGGGGGGGUCUGCUCAAAGUAGAAAAAUAACAACUUAUGGCUAUAUUUUUUACAGAAAUUAAAACUGGUUAUUUACUGUCGAAUGAGCAAUAUAGGUUAUUGGAAUCCAAUAGGAUAAUCUACGUGUAACACAAAGCCCUGGGAACUGCAGUGUUUUUUACUUUUUUUUCUGAUCUGAUGAAGCCUGUACUAGACUGCCAGCAAUGUAAACAAAGCAGGUGGUGGAACACCAGAAACCAAACAAUAUACCUGUAGUUUCAUCUUAAAACUUCAGUUUAAACAAAAACAAAACAAGUAAAAUAAAAUAAAAAAAUUUAACUUUUUAAAUCAUCAUUGCAGUGACAAUAUGAAAUCCCUAUUAGAAUGUAAAAUAGUCUAUAAUUAGCCUGCAUAUUUUCAGAGGACCUCUGAUUGACCCAGAUGUGCAAGUACAGUAUAAAUGUCACACCACAUGUAAAGUAUA